UCCGAGACCGGAAAUGACUCCGGAUGCAGACAGCCUAUCAUCAGAACUCUUUCCACAACUUUACAGUACGAAGAGUAAACAACUUUUCGCCGGAUUUAAAUAUAUCUAUGUCUAUAUUUUAAAACAUAAACAUGUCGGCGAUGGAACAGCAUGACGGCCCAGAAGACGAGAGCCACCCCGCCUCAUUGAGCUGCUACGACUCCACAGGCGACAGCGGGGAACACCACGAGCCUCUGGAUAGCAACCGCUGCGAUAACCACGCCAACCACCAUUUCACCGCCGCCACGGCUCACUGGGUCAGCGCCGAGUAUGACGAGGAAGCCAUUCGCAGGAAGUUGAAGUACUUCUUCAUGAGCCCCUGUGACAAAUACCACGCUAAAGGUCGUAAACCUUACAAGCUGAUCCUGCAGCUGCUCAAGAUCAUCAUUGUCACCGCUCAGUUGGUGCUGUUUGGCCUCAGCAACCAAGUGGUGGUGACCUUCAAAGAGGAGAACACCAUGACGUUCAAGUAUCUCUUCCUCAAAGACUUUGACGAGUCGUCGGACAGCUCUUCUGCCGUCUACACACAACAGGACGUCUACAAGCACAUCUUCUACGCUGUGGACCAGUAUCUGGCCCUGCCGGAGACCACAGUAGGCCGCUACGCUUACGUCUACGGCGUGGGCGUCAACGGCAGCGCGCUGUCCCUCUGUCAGCAGUAUUACAAGAGGGGCCGCAUCGACCCCGCCAAUGACACCUUCAGCAUCGACCCGCGGAUCAUCACAGACUGCGUCGGAGUCAACCCUCUGUCUGUGCCCCCCGCCCCGCUCACCAGCUCCUACAAGAACUUUACACUCAAGUUCCACAAGUUUAUUAACGUCACCAUCGAGUUUCAGCUGAAGGCCAUCAAUGUGCAAACCAUCAUCAAUAAUGAGAUUCCUGACUGCUACACUUUUUACAUAAAGAUCGUGCUGGACAACAAGGCUCACAGCGGCAAAGUGAAAAUACGACUGGAGAAUCAAGCCUCCAUAAAGGAGUGCAAAGACACCAGCGUGUCCGGACAGGCUGAGAACUACACCCGUGUGGCGUUCGAUGUCGCCGUGGCUCUUGUGUGCACACUGUCGCUGGUUUUAUGCGGGCGCUCCAUACUGCGAGGCAUCAUUCUGCAACAGGAGUUUGUGCAGUUCUUUAAGGAGAACCUAAAUCACAAAGUCUGCUGGGCAGACCGUCUGGAGUUCAUCAACGGCUGGUACAUCCUCCUUAUCGUCAGCGACAUUCUCACCAUCACCGGAAGCGUCAUCAAGAUUGGCAUCGAGUCCAAGAAUAUGUCUUCCUAUGAUCUAUGCGGUAUCCUCAUGGGUACCUCCACCCUCUUGGUAUGGGUGGGAGUCAUUCGCUACCUCACCUUCUUCCAGAAAUACAACAUCCUGAUCGUGACUCUUCGGGCAGCCUUCCCCAACGUAAUCCGCUUCUGCUGCUGUGUGGCCGUCAUAUAUUUAGGCUACUGCUUCUGUGGCUGGAUCGUGCUUGGACCGUAUCAUGUUAAGUUUCGUUCGCUGUCCAUGGUGUCCGAAUGCCUCUUCUCGCUCAUCAACGGCGACGACAUGUUCGUGACCUUCUCGGGAAUGCAGGAGAGCAGCACGCUGGUGUGGCUCUUCAGCCAGGUGUACCUGUACACCUUCAUCUCGCUCUUCAUCUACAUGGUGCUGUCGCUUUUCAUCGCGCUCAUCACCGGCGCCUACGAGGCCAUUAAGCAUCAAACCCAGGAGCCCAUCCACAUAACAGACUUGCACGCCUUCAUCGCCGAGUGCACCGACGCCCCAAGCUCCGGCAAGUUCAGGGGAAUGGAAACGUCGCCGUGCUCCUUUUUCUGCUGCUGUGACCGAAUGACAACAUACGAGGACGUCCUGCUGGUGAAUUGAGGAGGAGCACCCUUUUUUUUUUUCCUCUCCAGCACUUGACUGAAGGAGAAGAAUCCAAUCAGUUGGACUAGCAUUUCCGAUGAGGAAUGAACUGGUCGUGAAUUCUUCAGGAACAAGCCGCUUUGUGCAGGAUGAAAGCACACGUAGUAUUUCAUGGCUCGAUGUCAGGCCAACUCAGUGUUGUUGAUUUUUUUUUUUUAACCUGCUAGUUUUUUUAGCAGAUUUCAGCCUCAGGCCCAUCAACACGCACAAAACUUUCGGGCGGAUCCAGUUUGACUGCAGCCUCGGAAGGGAUGGCCACUUGACAUGGUAUGCCUGUUUAGUGUUUUUAUAUUCUGGGGAACCAGAAUCCUCGUUUAAGACUUUUUGUCCUUACUCUUUUAAAAUUAAGGAAAAAACUCACUUUUUGAAGCAUUUAAUCAUCAAAACACUUUUAUUAAGCAAUAGUGCAAUGGAGAUUACAGCCAUAUUUAUUUUGAAAAAAUAGCUUUAGAGAACAUGUGAUUCUUUUAAAAAAAAAAAUAUUUUUAAUACAUUUCAGAACAAGAAAUGGAGUUGCAAAUCAAAUCAAAUCAAAAUUGCACCUAACAAAUCCAGUUCCAAAAUUCUUAAUUUCACCUGAAAAUGUCCAAUAGUGAAACUCCUAUUAUUUGUUGGAUUCACAGAGUGGAAGAGCCCCAACAUUUGAUAAUUAUAUAUAAAAAAAAAAAAACUCAAGACAUUUUUGAUCUUGAAAGGAUUUUCUGAUUUGUUUGAUAAUUCUGUUUAGUGUAUUUGAGUUUUUAAACUUUCUAAUUGCGCUACUAAAAUAGAUUUGAGAUGCAGCUGCUAUAUAAAAAUUUCUAAGCCACAAAUAUAUAUAUAUAUAUUUUUAAAUACGUUUCUACUCUGUUAAUUGAGAAUCUCAGGUAGCACUUCCCUUAUGCUGCACCAGCAUCAUUUUUCGAUAUUGGUUGCUAUCAUAGAUUUUGCAUUACGUACUAAUUUACUAAGUUAGUAAUGCAGCACUUGCUUUUCGGUCGUUAUAACGAAACUAAGGAAACUGUUCUUAAUUUUGACACACGAUUUCUUCAAGAAAUAAUUCUGGAGCUCUUAGAAAACCCAACUUGAAGCAGCCAAACAGGUCAACAACUUAUGUAUACCAAUUUACUAUGUGGUUCUCUUGUAUUUUCUUUUUUUUUAUCUACCCUUGUCAUCAUUACGGCUAUUUCAUAUGAUGUUUUGUAUUGCAUGAAACGCACAAUUGUCUCGUUUUCAUAACUUUUAUUCAAUCAUAUACUAAAACAACCAAUGACUUAUUUAAGUGUAACACUGAGAAACCUGUUUGAAAUUUAGCCUUAAAUAAUAUAUUAUACGAGUCUAUAUAAUAUAUUGUUAUAUCAUUUGUUUCUAAGAUAUUUUCCAUAUGUGCCCUAACCACAGAGACAUUCUUUUAUACACAUAUGGUACAAAUAUUCUACAAUGUAUCACCGUUCAGCAAAUUGUUAACUACUAGAAACAUGUCUUGUACACAUGUUGCUGAUUAAAGUGCCAUGGAUCAUA